AUGGUUGGAAAAAAGUCGGGCAGAGCCCAGUUGAGAGAGGAGGGUCUGGAGCGGACAGACAAUAAUAUGGACCUCACAACGUGGCCCCAGGUCGGCAUGAUCAACCAGAAGAACUACUACACCGAGUUCCUGAAGCGCGACGAACAAUUCCUCGCCGUACGAUACCCAAAGGAUGAGGAAAGGGCGCGCAUAGUACAGGAAGCCAGGGACAAGGAUCGCGCACGAGCAUUGGGGGUGCCGGCAACAGAAGGAGCCACGCCACAGGUUGCAGAUGAGACCAUGGAAGACGCUGAGGUCUCAUUCGCCUCUAGAACAGAUAUCUCCAAGCUCAUCGUCAUACACCCUGGCAGCCAGAACUUGAGGAUAGGUCUUGGAUCUGAUGCGCUGCCCAAGACCGUGCCUAUGGUCAUCGCACGAAAAUGGAAAGAGAGUGAAGACGAAGAAGAUGAGGGGGAGCCUAGUCCCAAGCGAAUGAAGGUCGAAGGCGAAUUGCCCGCCGACGCCCUUCCCGAGAAGUGGUUUGGAGAAGAUUUUGCCGACCAGUACAUGGCCAUGUCAUCCGAACUAAGAACGCGAAUGCGAUCGAACAAGCGACGAGUGCUACCCAACUCGAAAGAUCUUGUAACAAACUUCAACCGAAAAUCCCCUCCCGACAUCAUCUCAGAACACAACGACAUCAAUCGCAUCGAGUGGACAGAACUACCGGCAGACCCAAGAAAGGCCCCCGACUUCUUCACCGGGCAUGACGCCCUGCGGAUACCGGAAAGAUCCAACCCACGAUACAAGCUGUUCUGGCCGAUCCGGAAUGGCACGUUCAACGAGAAAGAUUAUCGAGAUCGCAACCAGAUCUACCACGACAUCUCAAAGAUAUUAGAAGAGGCGUUCCGGAAUCAACUUGGCAUCACCAGGUUAAAAGAUCUUGUUAACUACAAGUGCGUCUUCAUCAUACCCGAUCUCUACGAGCGACAGUACGUUACUAUGAUACUCGACAUUCUCAUGCGGGAUCUUGGCCUUGGAAAGGUUUGCCUGCAGCAGGAGUCGCUUUCGGCUACCUUUGGUGCUGGCUACGGUGUUGCCUGUGUUGUUGAUAUUGGUGCUCAGAAGACGUCUAUUUGCUGCGUCGACGAAGGGCUGUGUGCCGAAGAGUCACGCGUUAACUUGAAGAUGGGUGGAGCUGACGUGACGGAGACUUUCAUCAAGAUGAUGCUGUAUGGUCAUUUCCCAUAUUCGGACAUGAACCUGAAGCGUAGGUACGACUUCCUCCUUGCGGAAGAGCUGAAACAGAAGUUCUGCUCCAUGGAUGAAGGCUCAGUCACGGUACAAACGUGGGACUUCCAUCUUCGAGCUUCGGGUCAGGAUACUCGGAAGUACACGUUCAAGACAUAUGAUGAGACUAUGCUAUCUGUCAUGGGUUUCUUCAAGCCUUCGAUCUUCGAGAAUGCGCAAAAACUCGAGAACAGAAGGAAGGUUGUGCCGCGCUCGGUCGACCUGUAUGACGGCUCACCAAACGAUCCCAUCUCACAAGCACAGAUCGCCAUUAUCGAAGCCGCGGCGGGUAAACCUGUCGUAGCCACCAUAAAUGGCGCACAAGAUCCUGUCAACAGCACUGCACCGGUCUCUACGCCCCAACGCCCGCAACCAAACCCUUUCAACCUCCUCGGUCGCCUCAACGACAACGAGGGUACACCUCGAUCAUCUGUAGCGGGCUCACCCGGCCCGGAAGGAAGUAACACCCCAAACCCGGAUCGCGACACUCCGAUGGGCGACACUGACGGCGCACCCCUCCUCUUCCGCGAUCCGAUCCACGAGAAAACCAAACUAGCCGAGGCCCGGGAUGCCAUCCUCCCCAUUCAUUCUCUCGACCAAGCCAUCCUCGAGUCUCUUGCACAAGGUGCCCGUGGCGACGACCGUAAGCUCCGCGACUUCUUCGGUGGUAUUAUGCUCGUAGGUGGCGCGUCCAAGACACCCGGCCUAAGGGAGUUCCUGGAGAUGCGACUCAGAGAACUUCGACCAGGAUAUGGAAAAGAGAUUCUCGUUGGACCGCCACCUAGAGACUUUGAUCCACAGGUUGUGGCUUGGAAGGGCGGUAGUGUGUUUGGAAGAUUGAGCGGACAUGGUAACGACGGAUGGAUUAGCCGCUAUGAGUAUGACAUGUUGGGUGCGAGGUUGUUGAACAACAAGUGCAUGUUUGCUUGGUAG